AUGUUGGUAGCCGAUAUCAUGGGCAUUCCUGAUGAACUAGGGAAUGCCCGAGUAAACGAGAGAUUCCAUUGGGCCUUAUCGCCUCUAGCAUGUAAACAAGUGGAUUUCGGCAUCGCUGAGAUCCCUGAGAAUUCGGUGCUGACGAGCCUCAUCAGGACGCUGGAACGUAGGGAGCACACGCGUGUCGUGCCAAACGCUAGUAAGGCAACUACAGACAAACGGCUCGGUGCUGAAAGAAAGACCGGCCAUUCUGCGGUUCCUGGCUUUGAUGACGGGGACGGCUGA